AAAAAAUGACAACAAAUGAAAAACGGCCUCAGAAUCAGUCGGCCAUCUCCGACUUUUCCCGGGACUUAUCGCUGUGGCGUCACCAUUCACGCCCACAUUGUGUACAUAUAUUAUGUAUUCACCAAUUCUGGACACAUCAGAAAUCCAAGAACCUGCUUGACAUCAAGAACGUUCAACGUUAUACCGAACAUGAAGAUAUUUUCUUUCCUUACACUGGCCAUUGUGGCUGCCGUCCUGGUGUGUGACGUCAUUGCCCAAGGUCCGCAGGAAAUCAGCUGCUACUACAGCAGCUACAGAGCGAGGAGAGAUUUCUGUAAGGCCUGUGACAUGCGCGGCAGUGCUUGUGACAUGAGUGGAGAUGGAUCUCCAGGGAAUUGCUUCUGGGUGUGCAGAUGAGUGCACUAAAACAGUCUGUCUGGUCAGUACCUACACUAGACUUGGUCCGAAAGUGGUGACUGUGGUCUAAAGUCAGGUGGAUUCAGACUUUCUACGUGUAAUAAAUACUGCACAACCAA